AUGUUUUUGAAUGCAAACCUUUUUGCUAUUCUUCUAUACACACAGGCUGCUAGAAAUUGUCUGGUUGGUGAUAGGAAUAUUGUUAAAGUUGCUGGCUUUGGUUCAGCAAGAUAUGUUCCUGAUAAUGAAUAUACAGCAUCUGAAGGUACAGAGUUUGCUGUAAAGUGGAUAGCUCCUGAAGUCAUCACUCAUGCUAGAUAUAGCAGCAAAUCAGAUGUUUGGUCAUAUGGUAUUUUGUUGUGGGAGUUGUGGACUGGUGGUAAAACUCCUUACCCAGCCUUUACUAAUCCUCAAGUAUUAGAUGAAGUUUUAAGAGGAUAUCGAUUAGAAAAGCCUAAAUUAUGCCCUUCUAAAAUUUAUGAUUUAAUGAAAAGGAGUUGGCAGACG